AGUCUUAGAAAAGAUUAGACGGAGCCGCUCGUCUAUCACUCAUGCCACUCCUUUACUACUGCGCAACUAAGAAACCCCAACAGCAUGACUCUUGUACUAAACAUGAAGAAGAUAUUACAUCCGAGCAGAAGUUUUGAUGGGUGUGUUGCAAUACGAUGGAAAAAUGGCGCCGCUUUGAGUAACAGUCGUCGGCAGGCUUGCUUUACAGUAGUGCAACGUUCUUUCGCUUCCGACGCUCGGGGAGAAAACGAGGUAGAUGACCCUAUGUCAUACAUAGAAAUGUACUCGAAAACUGAAAAUAACCGAGUUACUGACUGAAAGAAGGGAGGUGGCUCUGACAGCGCUACUCUUCCUUGUUCAGUGAACAUCUCGCGUAUUUUCAGUAGUUACUCGCUUACUUCAGCUUAUCGAAUACUUUGUGCUGGGUAUCAACAUGAACUCAAGAUGAACUCAACACCUUCUAGUUGAACUUGUAGGAGGAUGUACUUGGAGGAUGUUCCUGGUAGUGGCAGAUGAGGUACUUGGGCUAUGUGGCUAGUUAGCGUUGGCCGUCUGGAGCAUCUAGUAGCUGGUCGUAAAGUUGCUCUUUCAACUUUUUUUAUUGUUUAAAAGGAUGUAACGACUUGGUCUUCUUCGGUUCAAAAACAUUAUUGUUAUACUUUUUUGUUUAUUUGUUCUACUCUUGUCUAUGUCUGUCGUUUGUGAAACGCAAUGCGCCCCACCUGGUGGCGAGAAAUUUUUUCGGAAAUUUCCAAAUCCAAUCUAGUUUGAUGUCUAACCACGGUGAACAAUUUGGUUUGCUUCAUCUUCAGGCACCGGUCGCCGGCAAAAGGUACACCGGCUUCGUGAGAAGAAACGUCUACCAAAAGGGACAUGGUUUUAUCAAUACUGACGAUCCAGUACCUUCGAAGCGUGGGUGGGGAGACUCGGUUUUCUACGUUUUCGAUCACAUCGCCGAUGGCAAGAUACCAGAGAGGGGCGACCGAGUAACAUUUGAGCUUUCGCCCUCUGAAUUCCAGAAGGGUGAGUAUUUAUGGCCGUACAGUGUGAGCUAUAUAGUUAUUAUGGUUAGUAUUUAUGGCUUCAAGUGCACUAGGAGUCGGUACUCGUGUCGUAGUGUGAGCUAUAAAGUGAUAUUACUUAAGUACCCAGUCGUAAUUGCUGUGGUUUAAGUACCCAGUCGUUGUACAGUAGCUGUCUGUUGAUCAUUUUGCUGCGUCGUAAGCGUCAUUAGAGGCAGCUACGGGCAGUACAGUAUUGCAUAUCCUUGCACAGAGGUCACUUUUUCGGCCAUUUUCACUUUCGUUUCACUUUGAUAACUGCUUUGCAAAUGAAUCAGCGAAAAUGUGGCUCCUCAGGAAAUGAAUUUAGAAAAAAGUACAUAUAACUGAAAUUUCUUGGAUAUUUGGAUUUCAAAUUCGAAUUUUAGGAUUCGAAGUCUCACAAGUCAAAGAUUUAUGCUCUGAGAAGGCUAGCUUGUCAACAUUUUGGGACUUUCAUUGGAGGCUAGAAUCAGUACAGUAGUGCAUUUCAGUGCACAGAUGUCACUUUUUUGGUCACUCUCACUUUGGUUUCAUUUUGGUAGCUGCUUUGCAAAUGAAUCAGCCAGAAACUGGCUCAUCAGGAAAUGAAUUUAGAAAAGAAGUACAUAUAACUGAAAUUUCUUGGAUAUUUGGAUUUCAGAUUUGAAUUUUAGGAUUCGAAACCUCAAAACUCAAAGAUUUAUGCUUUGAGCGUGCUAGUUUAUCAACGUUUCUGGUCUUUCAAAGUUUUUUGAGAGUUUUCGAAGGUUUUAGCGUAUCAUUUCUUGUUGUUUACGACAGAAAGGGAUCACGAGCAAAUACACCUUCUACUCACUUAGAACGUGAAGAGAAGCACUUAAAAUUUCCUAUAGAUACAGGUACUAGGAGUCAAUACAACGCUUCUACCUACGCCACGUUCUAACUCGAAUGGCGAUUGCGAUCGAAGGUGGCACUAGAGAUUGGAAGUGGACUCCACGAAAGGCUAGUAAAUGGGCGGACGAACCUGAAAGAAACGUGCAGAGACGCGUGCAAAGCGAUAGACGGAAGAAAGCGCAAGAGAGCUGGUCACGAUGGAAAGAGGGGGCUUGUCAUGAAUACUUUGAUUAUGGUUGGUGAUAUGAGGGAUGUCUAGUAUGAUAGAUGCAGUACUAGAUUAGUACUUCAUCAAUAACCUUGUUCUUUAUGUUUCCUGUCGAAGUACAGUUAGUAAAUCAUAGUAAGUUCCCCGAAGAACAAGAUGAUGAGCACAUGCUAAUGGAACAAGAGCAUCGUUGUAUACUCUAAUAAAGCGAAAAAGCCGGAUGGACUGAGCAUGGGGCUGAACAAGCUAGACCGGAAGCAGCAAAGCUAGCUGAGGAAAGAAGAAAACAGAAGUUAGCUGAGGAAUUAAGAGAAAAAAGUAAGUUAGAUGCUGAAAGAACAAGAGCAGCGUUUGAAAUCUAGUCUCUACCGCAGUAGAGACCCCAAGGGUAGACUCUUGCUGGUUUCUCGCUUUCAAGAAUUCAUGCUAUUGAUAGUACAACAAUCCAAAUCGUAAUUUUCGCACUCUCACAAACCAAAACUACCUGCACGACGGAGAUGGAGAACACUCUUUGAUUUCCAAGUUUAAGAUUAGAAGCUCAU